CAUUUAUUCAUUAAUAUUGAUCUUCCAGAAAUAUUGACUUGCGCAGUUGAUGAACGGCUUUGUUUCUCAUUGCUUACCUACGAAAAAAAAGCUUGUCAGUUUGAAGUACAAAUUGCAAAGACGUUGUUGCGAAGUAUUGACAUUUACUUUGUUUGUAAUAUUAUUCAUUUACAAUGGAAGAUAUACGUUCUAAAUACAAAUCUAUACAGAAUGGUGCUCAUCAUAUUACAUUAGAUUGUAUACAUCCUCAGCCAACACACGGUUCUCCGUAUCAUGUACAUCCUUAUCCCUCUCCUAUUCGCCUACAACAUGCUUUUACAGCACAGACCAGUCCAAAGAUGUUCCACCCAAAAGGACUUAAACCUCAUCGUGAUUGCAAAGUACUUAUUACACCAACUGAGAGUCCUAUCCUUGGUCGGGCACUAUGCCUCACACCUCGGGGCAGUCCGAUUCCAGGCCAUAUCUCUCACCUGAAUGACAAAUUCCAAGAUUCUCUGACUAUUACAUCUGACACUGAUGCUUUAGUCGCCAAAAUAAGUGCCAUGUUUCCAACUGUCAGUGAGACGCACAUAAAAAUUUUGUUAAAAAAAUACUACAACCGAGAAGCAGUAGUAAUAAGUGCAUUGCAAGUUGAAAAGCAUCCUAUAACAACACCUGGUCCUCUAAGCAUGUCACCUUCAAUGGCACGUCUCCAGAAAGGUGCUGUUGGUGUUUACUCCGCCAUGCAACUUGCAAAAGGAGGAUCAUCUAUGCAUGGGUCUAGUCAUUUGACGCCUCUUACUGGAACACCACAAGGUUCUCCCUUGCUACUUAGACCGGCUUCAGGGGCAUCAAGCUAUUUCGGCAUGGCAAAGGCAGUUGACGGCCAAACAAAACAUCAAUCACCUAAAAUGAAACUGAAGUACCUUAAAAGUAUUUUUCCUAAAGCUGAAGAGACAUUAAUUCUGGAUAUAUUAGCAAAUAAAGAUGACAAUGUGCAAAAGGCAAGCGAGGAACUUAUUGGUAUGGGUUUUACUAAGAAAGACACUUCGAUACAGAAGAAAAAAGACAAAGAAACACCACAACCUGUAAAGAAAGUUGUUACUAUAAUGAAAACAUCAGAAGAAAAAAUACAAUUAAAGCAAAAGCUACAAAAAAAAUUUAAAACAGUAGCAGAAAGGGUAAUAUCAAUAGCUUUGGAAAGUGUUGAUUUUAAUGAAGAAAGAGCCGAACAAAUAUUAAAUGCUGUGGUACAAGAAGAAGAAGCACCCAAAGUUACUAAGAAUGUUGAAAUAAAAGAAACACGUCGCCCUGGGCCUGAAGAAUUCACCAAAGGUGUGAGCGGCAGUGUGGAGCAGCCGCCGAGCCGGCCGCCCCCCGCGCCCACCUCGCGUCGCAUCAAGAUAUGGACCGAGCAUUUAAAACCAAUAUUAAAGACGAGUACAAGUGUGGAGCCUAAAUAUAAAUCGCACUACCGUAUGGCAAAUAAUGGUCCUAACCCAUCACUACGACAAGGACCGAAGGAUAGUCUACUUUUGGAAGAUUACAUGACGUGGAAUGGACCGAACCCGGAACUAAGAAAAGGCAGGACAAUCAAUCCUGAAGGUCCAGAGAAAUGCGAAAAAAAGUUUAAUCUUGCUCGAGGACCAGCCGACCUCGCGAAGGGGCCAGCUGAUAUUGCAACUGGUUCGAUUUAUCAAAAAUUAGCUAAAAAAUCAGCUAAGAUCGCCAUUUAAAAUAAAAACACCAUCAGGAUUGCGAAGAAAGAAGUUAAAAUAUGUUACGUUAUAUUUUUGUGAAGUUAUGUUUUUGUUUUAUUGUAUCUUUUUGUUCGAAAACCUUAUUUAAUCCAAUGCUUACAAAAAGUAUUGGUAAAACCAACAGUAGUAUUUAUUGAUUAUUUGACAAAGUCUUCCUACAGAAGCCAAUAUUUGUUAAUUCUUUACUUAAAAUAGCUUAAUUCGUUUUGAACAAACAUUAAAAUCGUGUUAUUAUUAGAAGGCAAUUGUCUAUCUUCAGGCGCAAUUAUCAAGUCGCAAAUUAGGCGUUUUGAGACCGUUGUGUCCAGAUAUGAUAAAAGCGUUGUAACCUUUAAUAUAAAUAAUGUACAUUCCAUUUACAUGCGUUAGUAUAUACAUAUAUGUUAAAUAUUUAUUUUGGAGUUAUUUUUAUUAAGCGUUACGUAACAGCGAUAUAUGUAAACACACGACAACGAUUUUUCAAUUUAUCUAUUUACUUGAACUGCAUUUAAAUUUUUAAAAAAGUCUUAUUCUUCAUUAAUACCGUGUUUCUGAUAUAAAUUUUUAAAAAAAAUUGUAGUAGUUUUUGAAAUUUUCACUAUUGAUAUUUUAAACGAGUAUAGAAAUAGGCAUUUUGUUAGUUAUUGUUACAUGACACUGUGGAUUUCUAUUGACUAAAAAUUUGUACAACAUAUAGUCAACCCUCUCAAUAUGUUGAACAAAAGAGAUAACAAUAACAUUUUGUACCGCAGUGGAAACCCAACCAAUUAUUAUUUUGUGCCAAAUGUUAGUUAAUUAUGCCCAAUUAACUCCCUUUUGAUAUAAUUUAUUAUAUUUAGUAUUAACUCUAUUGUUUAUUGUUAUAGUUUUUAAUCUACAAAUUUGAAUUGAUAUAAGCCAAUUUUACAAUUUUGCUAAUGUUAUUCGGCGGUAGUGCAACAUUCUUGCAAAUUCCGUAGUUUACCUUAGAGACAAAGAAUUUUCUUACAAAAGAUACCUCAUUAUAAGGCCUUCGUAUUUAUGAAUCAAUGAUAAGUAUUUUAGGACGCUUUACUUUUAGUAAUAAUAUUUACUUGUACGCAUUAGAUUAUAUAAUAAUAGUUUAGAUUCUUCUUGCAAUUUGAAUUUGUCUGCACGUUCGUUACAUUUAAAUAUAAUUAGUGAUUCACUUCCAAAUAAUCUUUAAUCGUUAUUCAAUUUGUAGAAUAAAUAUUUCUUCCUGUUUAAAGUAGAUUAACUUUUCUAAUUAAAGGUAAUCCAAACUUGUCAUUAAAGUAAAUGAAAAUUAUUUUUAUCGUAAUUUAGUAUCAAAGGAAUAUUUUUAUAUGAUGCAAUGAGUGGUAAAGCCAGCUACACACCUUCUGUUUAACAGCACAGUUUUUUCUAAACAGGACAUUGCAACUGUCAAGCUGUACAGUUUUCAAUUUUAUCUAAAUUCAAUGUGUAUAGCCGGCUUUACUUAUGUAUAUUAAAAUUCAUUGUAGAAUUUACAAUAUUGCAUACUUAAGUGUAAAAGUCUAAAGGGUCAAGUAAAAAAAGCAAUACAUUGAAUUUGUAUAUUUUAACUAUCUUUUUCUAGACUCUGUUAACUAAUACAGUCAGACCUGGAUAAGGGAGAGUCCAAGGGACGCAACUUUUACCAAGCGCAUAUGACGGUCGUGCGACUGACCGAGGACUCGCUCAAAAGAGUUUCUCGUCUAUCCAGGUUCGACUACAAUUCUGAGAAAGUUGCAGUACAUUAGUACUUUUUAUAUUAUGGCCAAUCUAGUAGUUAUUUUUACUAGUUUUAGGAUAACUCAGUAUUAAGCUUAUAUUGAAACAGCUAAGAAUUUAGACAGUAUUGCCAGUUAGAUUUAAGGUUGAUUCUGCUCAAAAUAUCAUUAUCUUAGAUAUAGUGAUUAGCUCUUAGUUCAGUUUUCUCAAGAUUUCUAUUUUUAAUUCAAAAACAUGAAUACGUUAUUAUGUUAGCAAUAAAAAUUCAUCAAAACAACAGUGCAUUUUUUUGCAACCAAGGACAACGAAAUUUAAUGUGUUUUCUACCUCAGAAAAGUAACUAAGAAGCAAGAGAAUUGUCCAUCAAACGUAUGAUUGGUAAUACAACGGCUCUAUGUUUGUUGACGCGAAAAGUUCCUAUGCAUAGACCGUAUGCAGACAGCAAACAAACAGUUUUUCGUUUGGUUGUUACAUACACAGCAAUGUGUUGCCAUGCAGUUGUUGGAAGUUGUCUAUUCUCUUGUCAGAAUUAAGCGUGAGAAAUGCCGCUGUUCGUAAUCGCUCAUGCGUAGGGACUUAAUGCUCAGGUCAAUUGUAAAAAGCAAUAGAUUUCAUCAUAAUGUUCAUUUCUAUUGAAUUCAGUAGUUUUCUAGUCAAUUAAGCUAAGAAUAGAUUGUAGUUCUACUUUCAAAUUUCAUAUUUUUGCGACAAUUGUAAGUCUUUUAUCGAAAUAAACAUUUUGGAUUGCCAAAUAUUGUAUUUUCUUUGAUUCCAUAAUUUUAGUAAACACUACG